CAUGACCCCUCACCCUCGGAGGAGGAGGUGGGCGUUUGGAAGCGCGGUGUCUGCAGCAUAAUUAAAACAUGGCGGACUCGGAGGAAUUUAGACUAAAACGAUUAAAGUUGGAUAUGAAAACUGCUGAGAACAGAGGGCCCACAGGCAGUCCAGCAAAGACCAGGAGCAGACUCAACCUCGUAAUUCAUGAGGAGCACAUGUCCAGAGUGUUUGAUGAAGUGAUGGGUCUGGGGGAAUUUGCUGACUCUUCCUUGGGCUCUGCCACUUCUUCCAAGAGCGGCGGUCAGGACGAUCCGAAGGCCGUGGACGAAACUUCAGGGCAAGGAGAAGAACAGCAGCCGGCUGAAGAAGAGGACAGCAACAGCAGCAGACUGGAAGAAAAGAUGGAUGAAGGGGUGGGAGACUCUUCGUUUCCUCGCAUCGCUUCCUCUUCCUCUGAAAAGCCCUCCUCGUUCAACAUGGGAACCAAUGAAGUGGGAGGGGGAGGAAGUGGAGGCGCAGCGUUCGAUGACGCGCUGGACGGCCUUCCUUCCUUCGGGCAAGAAGAAGAAGAGGAAGACUGGCACUUCGCCCUGCCAAUGGGCACCUUGGAGGAUGUGGAUGUGAGCAAGGCCAACAGAAAAAUAAGCCAACCUGGACAGGAGAACAGUGUAGCACAAGGAGAUGCUUUUCCUCCUGAGCCCAGAGAGGAGGAGGAGGAGGAGGAGGAGCAGGAGAGGGCUGGGAGCCAAGCGUCUGCCAACACAUCCCACUCCUCACAGGACCACACACCGGACAACAGCAGAGAUGAAGAAGUCCUCAACCAGACAGAGGAAACCGAAGACAGCCAACAGGGAGAGACGUCAGAAGCGGCUCCAAUGGAGGACAGUAAUCCCCCAGCGUCUCCUGCUGUUAAUAUUAAAGACGAGCCUAUUGAUGAGGGCUACGAUGCUGCUUUACUGCCUCAGAACUCCAUCAGACAGAUCAAAGAGGAGCUGGAGCAUCAGGAGGAAGAACUGAGGAUCAGCUCCGUCUACUCAGUAGGUGGAGGAAACACCUUUACAGCUCCUACAAAUUCCUCCUCGUCCGACCCACAGAAAACCCACCCAGGAAUGAGCCUGAUUCUUAAACCCUUUCCUGCAGCGAUCCCAGCCCCAACUCAAACGGCCAUUUUCAUUCCCGGUAGAGGAGCUGUCCUACAAGCCAUUUCCUCCCUCCCUCUCAGACCACCAGCUCCAAUCCCAGCUCCAAUCCCAGCUCUGGCUCCCAUACCUCCACGUCCACCACAGCCCCCUGUUCCUGGUAGCGUUCGCUGCAGCGGCUGCUCUAAGGUUCUGCUUAAAGGUCAAACGGCAUUCCAAAGAAAAGGCUCGACACAGCUCUUCUGUUCCACGGUCUGUCUGACGGGACAUUUGCCUUCAGCCAACAAGAACCGAGCCUGUUUCCAGUGCAACAGGGAAAUCUUUCAGCCCAGGGACAUGAUCACAAUUCCAGCAGACGACGGCACCUCAAUGCACUUUUGUGGCCAGUUCUGCUUGUCUGUCUUUCGACAUAAGAAGAAACAGGCCAACAAGGCUCCUGAAAAAUUUAUCGACAAACGUUUGGAGAAAAAGCCUGAGAAGCCGCCUGAGAAACCAGUGGAGUACCAGCCAGAAAAACCCUUUUGUAGUGUCUGCAAAGUCACCAACAAGCAGAUUGAACACGAGGUCACCCAUCAAGGCCGCCUUCACAGACUCUGCAGCGAUGCUUGUUUUGUAUCCUGGCGCAAGAUGCGUCAGUUAGCUAUGAACUGCUGUGAAGGCUGCGGACUUUACUGUAAUAGCAACUCAGGUUCCUGUCAGACGCUCACAAUUGACAGAUCUCAGCUCAACUUCUGUGGUCCGACCUGCAUCGGCACCUACAAACAGACCUGCAGAAAGACAGUUGAGUGUGCCUACUGUCACAUAAUUGCGGUAGUGUCCACGACUAUCAUGGAGCGAGACCAAAAAGGCAAAGUUCAGCUUUACUGUUCCCCUGCUUGUGUGGAACAGAGUCGGCCACCACAACAUAUUCUCACUGGUACUCCAUUCCCAUGCAGCCUGUGCAAAGUAUCCGCCGUUCCUCAGUAUCAUCUGGCCAUGGUGGACGGAACGAUACGUAACUUCUGCUCCUAUUCCUGUGUGUCUAUAUACAGGAAGUCUGGUCACACGUCUCCACCAGACCUGACCAACGGAACCUCCUCUCUCAGGGACUCCUCCGUCAGAGAUGCACCCAAAGCGGGGCCCUCUGCCGGAGCCAGCUCGGUCCCACCCAUCCCUCAGGACUUCCCUUCUUCAGCCCCGUACCCAGGCCAUCAUCCCGGUCAUACCUCAGUGCCACCUCUAGUGACUCCUUUCCCUCCCAUGGGGUCCCCCUCUGUCCCUGGACAAGCCCAGGCCAAACCACCCCCCAGCCAGCCCCAGAAACCAGCUGACAGUGGAGCAGCUGACAUCUCCAAGCUGACCUGCCAUCAGUGCGUCAAACAGUUCAACAGCAAGCCGCUGCUAUUCAGUCACCAAGGUCGUAUUUCUAUGUUCUGCAGUAAGACAUGCUGUGAGCAGUAUAAAGCCCAGAAAAACAUCCUUGCGUUGUGCGAGUACUGUAAACUAGCAAAAGUACUCUUUGAAACCAUCAGCUACAACCAGCAGGACCUGGUCUUCUGCAGUGAAAACUGUAAGCUGCUCUUCAAACAUGACGUGACGUAUCGUAACAAAGAUCACCCCUGGCAUCCCUGCACCUACUGCUCCGGCAUCAGCCAGAAGAUGCUGCACAGCCACUAUGGAGGGAAGAUGGAGGAGUUCUGCAGACCCCACUGCAUGUCCCAGUACACUGUGCUCUACUACGGGAUGGGUCGAUGUGACAGCUGUAGGAAGCAGGGCUACAUGACGGAGAAGCUGCAGUGUUUGGGUUCGGUCCGUAACUUCUGUAACCUGCCGUGUCUGCUGCAGUACUGCUACCUUCACUUUGAGACGAAUCAACACAGCAGCAGUAACGGCACCGGAACGGCCCCACAGACACCAUACGCUCCAACCCAGCCUCACCACUCCUCAAAGAUGAAUCCUGUCAUAGCAGAUGUCGUCUCAUUGGCCAACGGCUCUGCCACGCAGCCCAGCGGGUCGGCAGAUACUGCUCUGGCUGGAGCUCUUCCAACCUCAAGUGUAGAUGGAAAACACCUCGACCACGCCAGUACUCAGACUGACGCCAUGCGUGUUCCUGCAUCCCGCCGGCGCCAGAUGAAGAACAAGUCAGUUCUGUGCCGACCCUUCACCAUGGACCAAGAAAUAAUGUGCCAGCUGCCCACGCCUUCCCCAGAACCAGGAGCAGGAGAGGAGAAGGUGAAGGUGUUCAUGAUUCCAGUCCCAGUGCCGGUCUUCAUUCCAGUGCCUAUGAACAUGUACUCCCAGCACACGCCAGUUCCCAUGGCGAUGCCCAUGCCUGUUCCUGUUCCCAUCGUAGUGCCGCCACAGAGCAAAGAGAUGAAGGAUGCAGCCGUCCAAUCAGAGACGUUUGCUGUGAUCGAUGGAAAACAGACAGAUGAGUGUGUUUCCAGUGCAGACCAGGAGAGUUCUCAUAGAGGAGACACGAGGUCUGAACUGGUCGCUCCCACACUCUGCGAAGAUGAGGAGACUGAAAAAGCCGUUCAAGCCGACCUCCCGCUUCCUGUUAGUUCAGACAGAAGCACAGAGUCAGCUGAUCCCCAGAUUAUUACCCAGCCAGAGACGAGCAAAACAACCAGUGACCCUCCUACCACCAGUGCCCAGGAUCAACCGCCCUCCUCCCCAGUGAUGGACCUGGAAAACGACUUCCCAUAUGAAUCGCUGAAUCAGAAGUCGUCGACUCGAAAGCGAGGCGUUAAAAGAUCCAGAGAGAGUUCCUCCAGCCGCAAACGGAGUCGAAGACGGACUGGAUCACUGGAACACGUCGCCGUGGUGACUGCAGCCGCCUCUAAACUGAACCACCUGUAUGGAGUUAAAGCCUGGAGGAGCUGGGUCCAACAACGCAGCCUGCAGCCACCAGAACCCGGUGCAGUGGACGUUAAAGAAGACAUCCUUCAGUGUGACUCUGCUGAGCUCAACUUUGCUCUGUCUCAUUUUGUCAAAGAAGUGCGACGGCCGAACGGAGAGACCUACAGUCCGGACAGCGUCUUCUACCUGUGUCUGGGGAUACAGCAGUUUCUGUUCAUCAAGGGCCGGAUAGAGAACAUCUUUACUGACGAGCUCUACUGUCAGUUUGCCUCUGAGAUCACUGAGAUGCUCCGACUCUGGAAACCUCAGCUGCUACCAAACGGUCGAGCGGUUUCUUCCCGUGUCGAGGCGUCCUACCUGUGGGAGUGUAAGCAGCUGGGCGCCUACUCCCCCAUAGUGCUGCUCAACACGCUGCUCUUCUUCUUCACUAAAAGCUUCCACUUCACCACUCUGGAGCAACACCGGUGCCUGUCUUUUUCAAAUUUAACUCGGCACGCCAAACCCUGCAGUCGAGCCGGCAAAGUCCUCUACCUCCAGUUCCAGAGAAGCAGCGCUGCCCCGCCCAGCCAGGAGGACACAGAACGAGUCAGAAAAGGGCAGGCAGAGAACGAGGGAAACCUGGAGAUGAUGGAAAACGUCACCAACCCUCUACAAUGUCCAGUCCGACUCUAUGAGUUCUACCUCUCUAGAUGCCCAGAGUCUGUGAAGAAGACGGCCAAUUUUUUUUACCUCCAGCCUGAACAGAAUGUCAGCACACACAGCUCCCACUGGUUCACUUCUCAGCCGCUGGACAGCUCCACACUACAGAGCAUGCUCACUCGGAUCUUGGCUGUCAGAGAGGUUCAGCAGCAGGAAACAGUCCAGCUUCAACCUUCAGCCACCAGCGAGGCUAUUGGCUUACAGUGAUGCUGAGCGGUGACCAUCCAACAGUUCACAGUGAAUGAAACUGUACAUACACUCGUCAGUCAUUUCAGACUGAGGCUCAAAACACAAACAGAAACACAAAAACAGACACUUUGUCAUGAAGACAACCAUAGAGAGAGCGUGAGAUCAUUGUGUUUUGUUACCUCAUCCUCUCCUCACAGAAAUGCACAGUGAGUUUAAGAACAUCUCAUAAUCUUAGACAGGAGAAAAGAAAUGUAGGCGAGUACAUUGUGAGCCCAGUUUUAUUAAUUUACUAGUAGAGUACUAGAGUUAUGUCGAGCCGGUCAGAUGAGCUUUUUAUUACAGACUCCUACCAUGUGAGGCUGGUUUAAGCAGCAACCUAAGGACAGGUUACACCCGUCUGACAAAGUCUGAUGUUUUUAUCAUGGAGGCCAAAUGUGUUGUUUUGUUACUGUUUGUUACUCAUAUGAAUUUUAUUAUUUCUGCUGCUUCCAUGUUGUUUACCAGAACCUAAGAGAACUUUGAAGACGUUUUGAGCCACUGUGAUUCAGUAUUUAUGUGUUGUGGUCGCACAAAUCUGCAGAAAAGCUGGUUAAAAUGUCACUCAGAGAAACUUAAAUAAUUGCAUUACAUAUAAUUAAAUAUGGGCUGCACAGUGGGGUAGUGGUUAGUGCUUUCACCUUGCAGCAAGAAGAUCCCCGGUUCAAAUCUCGGCCUGGGCCUGGGAUCUUUCUGCAUGGAGUUUGCAUGUUCUCCCUGUGCAUGUGUGGGUUUUCUCCGGGUACUCUGGCUUCCUCCCACAGUCCAAAAACAUGCUGAGGUUAAUUGAUGACUCUAAAUUGCCCGUAGGUGUGAAUGUGAGUGUGAUUGUUUGUCUGUAUAUGUAGCCCUGAGACAGACUGGCGACCUGUCCAGGGUGUCCCCUGCCUUCACCCGAGUCAGCUGGGAUAGACUCCAGCACCCCCCACGACCCUAGUGAGGAUAAAGCGGUGUAUAGAGAAUGGAUGGAUAAUUAAAUAUGUAAUUUCCAGACGGCAUCAUACGUCAUACAUGUUGUAUGUGGGCGACACAUACAACUUUAAUAUCUAUCAGUGUAACCUUUCUUGCAAUGAUAAAGAAAACUCACAGUGCCUCUCAUCUGUUGUUUUACCUUAACUGGUUCUCAGAUGUUUUUUUUCUCCUUUAAAUUGUUGAUCAUGCAUGGCCUUUUUUCGUUAUCUUCUCCCCUCUUGUUCAUGUAGAUCCGUCAAGGUUUGGCCUCUUCCGUAAAGUUCUCUUAAUGAAAGAGUUGCUCACUACCAGCAUAGAAUCUGCUCUGACACCUUUACUGGUUUCAGAAGAACUAGAAAAACAGAGUUAUUGUUUUUAUUCCAGUCACAGUGUAACUUCUGUCUCUAAGCCUAACAGUGCCAUAUCUUUCCUUUUGGGACGUUUUCUUAACUUUUCAUUUGUUUGUAGUUUGGAGAUCUUGUUUGAGCAGCAGACAGUUUAAAAGUACCAGAAGAACACUUUAACUUCUACUCCGUGAGGUUUCCUGUCUGAUAACCAACGCUGUGUUUGGUUCUCGGUUCAUUCCUGUUUCCUGUUGUGUUUCUGAACUGCUUUUUGAGUCCCGGUGACUCAAACCAUACCAACCUGAAGCCUAGCUGUGAUGCUGCUCCACAGAGAGAGGCUUCACUUCACCCAAACACACCUGCACACGCUGAACAUUAAUGCCUUUAAAGUGUAGUAUGUCGGUUAUUGUCAUUCUGGAUUGUAUUUAGUAUUUUUUGAAAAGAGGAGCUGCUGACCGAACAGAAACAAACCUAAAACUCUGAAACGCUGAAGGGUUCAUUUCUACGUGGAGAUUUAAUGAAAACAUGACUUUUGUUUUUUUUUUGUUGUUGUUGUGGAAGUCAGGGAGCAGGUUCUUUUGUACUGAAUUCAUUGUUGUUUUCAUCUAUUUUGCUGUUUAUGUUGUGACACAGAGGCCACAGUGUCUUGCAUAGACCAGUUAUAAACUCUACAGAUGACAGCUGCCCCGCUGUGAUGGUUAAAAAUGAUCCAGAGUUCAUGUUGGUGACGUUCUUCAAACAGCAUGCUGCCAUCACCGCUGCUGGCGGAAAUGAAAUCUUACUGCCUCAAUAUUAUCGAUGCUGUCUGAAACGUAAGAAAAGGCCCAAAGACAGAGUGAUGUUUUAUGUCAUUCACAAGAUGCUGUAUCACCGUUACGUAUUAAAAAAGAAAAUCCAUCGCAUUUCUUUGGUUUUCAGACAAAGGAUUUAUAACGAGAACAUGAUGGAGAUGAACUGUGAUGUUGAGAGUGUAAGUGAAACAUCAAUUCAUUAAAAAAAUGCAUAAAAUGUUUUUACAAA